AUGAGCCUGCUGGCCACUGCCAGGGGAGGCGUAGAGAUGCGCACGGCGAUUAUGCAGGCCGGAGCUGUUUUACCUUUGGUGGAGCUGCUUCGUGAAACAACAGCUCCUGCAGUACAGGAGGCGGCAGCCGCAGCUCUGGGCAUUCUGUGUGCCGAUGGCGAGGCGGCUCAGUCCACGUUGCUGCGUGCCGGAGCAGUGCCAGCUCUGGUGAGGCUUUUGGGCUCCGAUGCCUCCGUGCCAAGCUCAGGGUCCUUCGCCAAACGAGCGCUGAUGCUUGCUUCAGCUUUGGACGUCUAG